AUGGCUGGAUUGUUGCUUGGUGAUGCCUCUCAACAAGGAGCACAUCAAGUUGGUUCUCAAAGAUACUCUGAAGAGAAGCCAGAGGAUGGAUCAAGAUGGUAUUUUUCUAGGAAGGAGAUUGAAGAAAAUUCACCAUCCCAAGGAGACGGCAUAGAUUUGAAGAAAGAAACAUACCUACGCAAAUCAUACUGUACAUUUCUGCAAGAUUUAGGCAUGAGACUUAAAGUACCUCAAGUAACUAUUGCAACAGCAAUAAUAUUUUGCCAUAGAUUCUUUCUGCGGCAGUCCCAUGCAAAGAAUGACAGGAGGACCAUUGCAACAGUGUGCAUGUUUCUUGCUGGCAAGGUUGAAGAAACUCCCCGCCCAUUGAAAGAUGUGAUCCUUGUUUCAUACGAAAUUAUAAAUAAGAAAGAUCCGACAGCAGUUCAGAGAAUCAAACAGAAGGAAGUGUAUGAGCAGCAGAAGGAGUUAAUUCUACUUGCAGAGAGGGUUGUUCUUGCAACUCUUGGUUUUGAUUUUAACGUGCACCAUCCUUAUAAACCUCUUGUUGAGGCAAUAAAGAAAUUUAAAGUUGCUCAAAAUGCCCUUGCUCAAGUUGCUUGGAAUUUCGUAAAUGAUGGACUUCGGACAUCUCUUUGCUUGCAAUUUAAGCCCCAUCACAUUGCAGCUGGAGCUAUAUUCCUUGCUGCCAAGUUUCUAAAGGUGAAGCUCCCAUCAGAUGGGGAGAAGGUCUGGUGGCAAGAGUUUGAUGUCACCCCACGCCAAUUGGAGGAAGUAAGUAACCAAAUGCUCGAGCUGUAUGAACAAAAUCGAAUGCCGCCUUCCAAUGAUGCUGAAGGAACUCCAGGAGGUGCAGCUUCCAACCGGAGCUCUGUAAAAGCUCCAACUAGUAAUGAUGAAACUGCAGCUGCAAACAGUAAUUCCCAGACCGGAGGCACAAGUUUUAGACCUGAAACGUCAAAGCCUUCAUCUUCUAAGACCAUGUUUGAUUCAUCUGGCGCUAAUCAGGUUGGACGCCCCGUCUCAAAUCCUGGUAGAAGCAGUGAUUACGGGGCUGUAGAAAUGAAGCACCGGGUGGAAGAUGAUGUCAAAGUUAAUCAACACCCUGAGCAGGAACCUCUUCCUUAUAAGGAAAACAUUCAGCAAAUUCAAGAUGCAGUGAGAUCUCGAUCUGAUAACGGCGAGAGAGAGCUAGAAAACAAUUUUCAUAGAACUGAAACUAAAGAGCACGGUGAAUUGAGAGAUAAACAUAACAGCAGAAACUCAGAUCACAGGGAUAGUAUACUCAACCGGCCUCCUCAAGAAGCCAUAAAAAAAAUUGAUAGAGACAAGGUAAAGGCUGCAUUAGAAAAACGAAGGAAAGCAGCUGGUCAUAUAACCAAAAAAACAGAUAUCAUGGAUGAUGAUGAUCUCAUUGAGAAGGAACUAGAAGAUGGAAUAGAACUAGCUCCUCAGAGUGAGAAGAGUAAACAAGAUAGAAGGCAAAACUGGUCUAAGCUCUCAGCAGAUAGAUCAGAUUAUGAAAACACGCAUGUGAGACACCAAGAUCAUGCAGACGAGCAACCUCAUGGAGUAAAGAGUCUUCCAUCACGCGAACCAGAUCCAACUGCAGUGGAAGAAGGUGAGGUGUCAGCUUUUGAAGACGUCAGCAUAGGUAUUUCGUCACCCAAGUCAAGCCACCGCAAGAGGAAAGCAGGAAGCUCACCUGAUAGAGUGGCGGAGGGGAAACAGCGACAUAAUUACGGCCCUGGAUCUCACCACAAUAAUCGUUCUGAUUAUGUUGACGAGCGGAGUAAGGUUAGCAGGCUAAGCCACACUGAGAGAGACAGCAAAAGGCACGCACAGGAAAACCAUGUCUGA